AUGGCUGGUGACCUUCGAUAUGCCGCGAAUCAGGCUUCUUCCCUUAUGUUUUUUGCCGCUGACCAGGUUUGUCGCUCUAGCACAAAUGAAGCACAUUUAAAAACUUUGAAAGAUUUCAUUACAAACAUAAGGGAGGAACUCCGUGAUUCAGAAGCUAAGCGUCAAGUACUGUUCGAGCAAAAUUGUAUUGUGGCCUGCGAGAAGGAUGUUUCAGAAGAUCAUGUGGCCACUUUGGAGGGCCAAACAAGGCGAUUCAAAAGUCAAGGUUUUCGCAAGGCGUGUGAGGCCCUUGGGUUUGAAAAGGGGAAACAACUAGGUGGUUGUUCCACACUUUCUGGCGAAUCUGAAUCCCCGGAUCCUGUUCGUGUCACAAGAAUAACCAAAGAGGCGGAUAUUGCUCUUUCUUCCCUUGGUGAGAUGAAUUUCACAGGCCUCUUUCGCCAGGGGGGGCUAGAUUAUGACAGCUUCCGCCAGUUUUGUUGCAGGCCGGGCCCGAGAGGCUCUUACUCAGACUCCAAGGACUAA